AUGACAGUUGAAGAAGUCCUCGCAAAACCUAUGCUUUCGAAAGAAGGCGGGAAAGUAAGCGAGAAAGAGCAAGAUAUCAAAGAUGCCUCUUCUUCCAACGGAGAUGCACCGCCAACAUACGAAGAGCAACAACAAGAAGACGAACAGUUCAUCGUCGAAAUCCCACCCCUCAACUUUCCUGACCCAGGCCUCGCAACAAACUCAACAGUUGAAAAGGACCGAUGUAUCCUGCAUCUCAAGCUCCUUGCGGCGUUAGCCGACUUGCGAGAAACCAUUUCCAGUAUUGAUGGAUUAUUCGGAAUUCAUGACUCGCAGGCCAGCAAGUUCCCAGAGGAAACGAGAAGCAAGGCUCUUAUCCGUAUUAGGGAGAAGCGCUGGGCCGUGUAUACGGCCAGAGCGGUAGAUCGUUAUACGGACUGGUGGACACAAUGUAUACCAGUGUCCGAAGCGACUCCUACUAUAUUUACGAUUCAGUCAAAAGAGUAUCCUGCCCUUACUAGUUCAUCUCCGUCGAGUUGGUUGGCAAAGAGUCUACCACCUCUUGAUGUUCUCAUGGUCUGGCAUGCGCACCUGCUGAAUCCUCGUACUUAUCUAGAGGAUUGCCUUCGAGGAGGCAAAAUGCGCGCUUGGGCUACUGACUUUCCCUGGCAACUAAUCAACGCUGCCAUCGACAACAAGACGCUAGACUACAACCCUGGCGACGAAGCCAUUGAGCACUUCACAAAGAAUACCGGACAUCAAUGGGAAAAUCUAGACGACCCCGAAGAAAAGGAAUUGAAAUGUCUCAACUGCUCGUGUCCGAUAAAAGUGGCCUGGACAUUUGGGGAUUUUGGAACCGACCUAGAUGCCCCCUUUGACAAGUGUCCUGGGUACGCUGACAAGGAUUUUGUGACUUACUGCCAGUCCUCGGCUUGCAGGUUCAAGCAUGACCAUCAAGCUCUGAGGGUUGCUAGGUUCCACCAGGAUGUCAAAGAUCUACUGAAUAAUUAUCGUCCCAUGCCCGGAACAUAUCUGAGCCUCGAGGGUUUGCCAAGGCACACCCAGGACAACACAUUCCCGAAUCUUUUGAUUCAGGCUAGCAAAGGUGUAGUUUCUGAAUACACCCGGCCCAUGGGAAGCGCACAGGACAUGACCGGCGUUAAAAAACUCAUCGAAUCUCUAAUGGCCGACGUAAAGGUAUUGAUGACUAUCAAUGGUAACUCCCGUUACUCGCAUAGACUGAAACGGGAGCAAAGAAUAUCCAUUCGACGCAUGAUGUCUCACUAUUGGGAGAACAGCUCUAUCUUCGGCCUGGAUUUGGUCGGAGCAGUUAUUCGGCAGGGCACGUUUAUCCAAAAGAUGGACAACCUCGACUGGAUUCAUUCGCCCGCUGUCGCAGCCACUAUGGAUCGAUUGAUCCGUAAAUACGGCAUAUUCUUCCAAAUCAUGAUCUCCAAUGCCAACCAAAUGGCCGUUCCUACCUUGGACGUUGAUUUGGCAUGGCAUACACAUCAAAUGUCCCCAGCACGAUACUUCGCAUAUUCCAUAUCUCAAACAUCCAAAGUACGAUUAAGAGUCGAAAAUUUCAUAGACCACGACGACAAAGUCGACGAAGGCAAACUCUCGGAUGCCUUUCAAUGGACCUCCAAGAAGUACAAGGAAGUCACCAACGGCGAACUGUACAGUGAAUGCACAUGCUGGUACUGCGAAGCCACGCGAGAAUCGUACCUCUACCCAUCUUUAUCAGUCCCAUCAUCAUCGACCAGACGUGCCCGGACCCUCGCCGAAAGCCUACAUGACGAUCCACAAAUCUCCUCGGAGCCAGAUAAAAACCCACACAUCUCAGCCCAUAGUGCUGUGCGUGUCAAUUCCGCCAACGCGGACGCGGAUGCAAAGCUCAAGACUAUGCGUCUGCGUCAAAUGUGGGAUAAAUCGCGUCGUCGGGCCAUAAAACGGGAACAGAAGCAAGGCAAGAAUGGCAACAGCAAUAACAAGUCAAGAUCAUACGACGAGUCCAUUGAUCCAUACUACCCCAUGGUAUACGGAUAUCCGUACUUCAUGCCGUACUAUGCGCCCUACAUGGCCGAUCCGUAUAUCUAUGGUGGUGCGUACCCGUGCAACCCGGCCUGUAUGAAUGGCGAUGUUGGUGCGUAUGGCAACUGUGCGGCUGGCACGUGUGGUGCUGCCGUUGCAUCUGGAGCAUGUGCCGGUGCUGGAGGAGGAGGUUGUGGUAGUGGUGCCUGUGGAGGAGGCGGUGGCGGCGGCGGUGGUUGUGGUGGAGGGGGAGGAGGUGGUGGUGGAUGCGGUGGUGGAGGAGGUGGUUGA